GAGCUCCGCACCUUCCGGCCAGAGCCCCGCUUACAUCGUGGGUUGGCACCUUGCGGACCGGCUACGUCCCGCUUCGUCACUGGAAGACCUGCACUGUCGCAGAGACAUCCUGGUGUCCUUGUACAACAUGCAGGAGAAACCCGAGACCAUGGUAGAGCUGGCCGACUGGUUCCAGAAGAACUUCGCCAUCAACGAUUCGUGCUGGGCCGAAGAGGUGGACCUGAAAGCCCUGGAUGCAUUGCUCACCACGCUGAGCUUGGACGACUGCCCACUGUGCCCUUUGCGCACGGCCAUGGGUGAUUUGGCCAUGGUGGCGGGACGCCGCCAUCAGACCAACGACAAGGCAGCGGCGGCUUUUCGUGUCGCCAUCGCUGCCGACCCGACUCGACAAGAAGCCAAGGUCCGGCUUUUGGAAGUGCUGCUGAGAUCCCAAGCGCACCGCGACUCCAUUAACGCCGACGAAGUGGUUGCAUUGAUGGCUUCCACAAGAAACUUUGCGGUGGACAACUUCGUAACCCUU